AUGGACACGGCUGCCGAUUGUGUAGGAACUGCGGAAAUAUUAAAAAAGAGACGACCUCACCUAAACCUUUGCCCAGAUUUGGCAAAUUCUGUAUUGAAAAACGCACGUGAGAACAUGCAGGAAGCAAAGAAAUGGCUCAUCGGGGUUGAUAGUAUAUUCAAACACUUUAACGGUUCUAGUUUUAUGAUGACCCGAUUGAAGCAAGAGACGGCUAAGAUUAACAAUGGACGAUCUUUGGAUCUAACGGCCGGUGUAAUAACCGGACCUCCACAUUAG